CUCACCCAGCUGUCGUAGAGUCUGUAGUUAUCUGUGGAGCUUCUAAGUGUUUGGAACUUAUGAAAUUGACGCUUUACGCGCACUGCACCGGAUUAAGCGCGUUCACGCAGCGCUCAUAGCGCACAGUCGUUUUUAGAGGGCUCUUAUUGAUGGUUUUUUCCUGGGUCACUCCAUUAGGAGUGCGGUCCACCUGCGGUCCGGUCGAGCAGCGCGUCAUGGAUUACAGUCACCUGAUGGCGCCUCCGGUGCCGCCGCACAAACCCAGAUCCCCGCGCCCCGCGCUCUGCCAGGGCCGCCUGCUGAAGUGCGUGUUUCUCGGGGACGGGGCUGUCGGGAAAACCAGCCUGAUUGUCAGCUACACGACCAAUGGUUAUCCAACAAAAUACGUCCCGACAGCGUUUGACGAUUUCUCAGCGGUCGUACAGGUGGAUGGACAACCAGUGAGACUGCAGCUCUGUGACACUGCAGGACAGGAUGAAUUCGAUAAGUUGCGUCACUUCUGCUACACGCGGACUGACGUCCUUCUCCUGUGCUUCAGUGUCGUUAGUCCCACUUCCUUCCAGAACAUCGGUGAAAAAUGGGUGCCAGAGAUCCGACGCCGUUGUCCGCUCACACCUGUGCUGCUGGUGGGCACCCAGUGCGACCUACGGCAGGACGUCAAGGUCCUCAUCGAACUGGCACGGCACCGAGAGCGACCCGUCCUGGAAGAGGACGCCCGCGCCCUGGCAGACAAAAUGGGAGCGGUAGCUUACAUAGAAUGCUCCUCUCUCACACAGAAAAACCUUAAGGAGGUGUUUGAUGCCGCCAUUUCCGUCGGGCUCCGACACUCUGAUCGAAGAUCCAGACGAGAGAGGAAGGUCCACAGUACUGCUGAUAAAAUGAAAAUGCUCUCGAAGUCGUGGUGGAAGAAAUAUAUCUGCAUACAGUAGCCAAGAUCAAACCCAUCUUCUGAGGCAUGGACAAUGUGAUGGACUCUUGUUUAGCGUCACGCUCCUCAAGCGGAUGAUGUUUUGCUACUCUAAGGAUGAUGUGAAUGGUUGCAAAAGGUGCAACUAGCUUCCCAAUGACCUUUGCAGGGCAGUUGCUAAAAGUCACAGGGCUCGGGAUAAAGAUUUUCUUCUCUCGGGACACUGAGUAGAUGUAGAGGACAUUAUCUGCUGUUUACAUCCAUGUAUUUUCAUGCAAAUCUGGGAUAUAGCAUAAACACGAAAUGGAAAUUACAUACAUAAAAAACAAUGCGCAAACAAAACU